GCGCGCCUGAACUGUCACACUGAGUGUGUGUUUUUGUGAGGUAUGCAGUAGUAAGUUACCUCAACACUAAACAAACACUUCGGACUUUAAAUAAGCGAUAAUAAAAAUGAAGGGGCCAAUAGCUGUGAACAAAGCAUCUUGAGGAAUAGGUGGAAGUAAGGAGAGGCCAGUGUGAGUGUGUGAUUUAUGUGUGCAUGUGUGUGUGGAUGAACUUCUAUAGGCCAUGUCUGGUCCAACCAAACCUGAGAGGAAAGUGUGUGUCCUGCUUCCUACCAAGGAGACGCUAGACAUCACAGUGGGGGUGAAAGCAACAGGACAAGAAGUGUUUCAACGUGUUUGUGAGCUUCUCAGAGUUAGAGAACUGCACUACUUUGGAUUAACUUUAGUCAAAGACAAUGAGCACAUCUUUCUGGACUUGGAAGAGAAACUUUGCAAGUACUUCCCCAAGGAAUGGAAACAGGACUAUGGGAAGGGGUCACAGAGGAGGUCAAUCCCCCCACUGCUCUGUCUCAAGGUUCAGUACUAUGUGGAGAAUGGCCGGCUCAUCCGCGAGCGCAAAGCGAGGAAACUGUACUACUAUGAUCUGCGGGAACGUGUCCUGCGCUCCGAAUGCAGACAGAAGGAGGAAGUGUAUUUCCAACUGGCAGGAUACGCCUUACAGGCAGAUUGCUCUGACCACCCUCCAGAGGGCCACAGUCAGGGACACACUGUUUAUUUCCAAGCCAAAGAAUACUUUCCUCCCUGGAUAAUUGCGAAGCGAGGCCUUGAUUACCUGCUGUGCCACGGGCCCAAGGUUCAUAAAGAGUUGUGGGGGAUGUCCUCUCGUGACGCUAUCCUGCUCUUCAUCAGAGAAUCUUGCCGUCUGGAGGAUGUCCCAGUCACCUUUUAUCGCCUACAGAAGAACAAGAGAGAAGAGAAAGGUUCAGCACUUCUUGGACUCACACUCAGAGGAAUGCAAGUCUAUCAGGAGGUGAACAAUGUGCGUGAUCUGCUCUAUGACUUCCCUUGGUUUCAUGUGGGACGACUCACCUUUCUGGGGAAGAAAUUUGAGAUACAGCCCGAUGGUUUGCCCUCAGCAAGGAAGUUGGUGUAUUACACAGGUUCGGCUUUCCGAUCUCAUCAUCUUCUGCUGCACCUGAGUUCCUGUCACCGGCUAUACCUCAGCCUGCAACCUGCACUCAAGCACCUGUGCAAGCUCGAGGAGACAGAGGAGAAGAAGAGGUACCGUGAAUCAUACAUCAGUGAUGAGCUGGAUCUGGAUCAGCCCUGCAGUGAGGGCAGCCCCCCUCUGUCCCGACACUCCACCAGCAGUUCUGGCAUCGAGGCAGACACCAGGCAACACAGCGUCUCCAUAGAGAUUGUCUCCAUGGAGGAGAAAGAGAAGUCCUUCAUCUCUGCUGUCAGUCACGACUCCUCACACACCUCUGGCAUAGAGGCGAGCAGCAAAACCCAAACAGAUGUUCAAGUUGAGUGGCGGGAAGGAGAUAUGCAGGAAAUAGUGAAGGAGCCUGGGGAGCUCUCUGUAGACGACCCUGAGGAUAUCUUGCGAUUGGCUGAAAUAAUGGGGCGGGUGUCUGUCAACUGUCCUGCCAUCCAACCAGAUGUUGAAUCUAAAGGUCUUCAAAUUAGUUCAGUGCAAUUGGGCAAUGACCAAAUGGACCUUUGUAUUACAGACAGCAUGAAAGAGGUUUCGAUUCGGAAGGCCCGUAACCCUGCUGACCGCCAGAGCCUCAGCCUGGACAACGUGCAACAGUUCUCCCCUCUUCUCCCAAUAGGAAUAGCAUCAGUUCCAGACACCUCCCACAGCUACACAUUCGGGCUCCCGCACUCCCUAGGUUGUUCUCCGACCAGUUCCUUUCCAGACAAACCUUUAUUUUAUGGCCGGCGCUCCACAAACUGCUUGUCUCUUAACAUGCUGGAGGAUAACCAGCCAUUGGAGCUUCUCCUUUAAGAAAUCAAGAGAAAGAGACUGCUGUUCAUCUCAUUAAGACAAACUAUAUAUAUUUUUCUGAUGUUAAAAUACUUCCGGCUAGCCAAACUUAAUAUGUAGGGACAACCAUAGUAAGUAAGCCAGUAAGUUGAUUUCCCUUAAAAAUGUAAACACUGGCUAUGUGGCACUUUCAAAACAUUGCUCUGUUUGUUUGAGCAUUCCAGUCAGCCCAACACAGUUACUUUGGCUCAAUCAGUGGGGCAAGUUUGGGGCGGGACUAUCUGUUUUCUCGACCAAUGGAGGUGUGUUCGGGAAACCUAUUGGAAAACAAUCAUAAUUUUUGCCAUUCAGUUUGGUGGCGCUAGUAGCGAUGAAAUAACACUUCAGCUUUAAAUGUGUUUCUACACUUUUGGCUACAAGAUAAUGUGAACAUUUGUGGGCUGUUUUACAGAUAUACAACAUUUCUAGAUUUUGAAUUUUAUGGACAAAUUUUCCUACAGAACUUUGUGUGGAUAGUCUUACAAGGACAAAGACAUUUAUUGACAAGCGAAUACAUCUCUUCUAUGUAAAUCCUUUUGAAUUUUUGUUCUAACUAGGCAGAAUGAGUGACUGGGCAUUUUGUAAUUUCAUUUGUGUCUUUCUUUCCAAAUUUUCCAUAUACUUUUUGAGAAUUCUGCAGCUCAGUGGUUAAAUCUAUAAUGUGACACUAUAAGAUUUAAUUUUUCAGUCUUUGGAUUUUUGGUCAUGAUAAUAUUGUUGAAAUUGAACAUGCAUCUCCACAUCUCCUAUUUCAAAUAAUCAUUGUGUUUUAGACAAUACUCAUGUUACGUGAUGAAGCUCGUGUGAACCCACAUAAAACAGAAAUCAUGAUUUUAAAAUCAUGAAGAGUGCCAAAAGGUCAAACUGAACACUUCCACUUGUUCUUUUUUAUUAUUAUUACUAAGAUUUGCAAGGUUUAUAUAAUAUCACAUUUAUUCUGUUGUCCUACAUGCUACACAAGUAAUCUACGCAUUGUAAACGCACAUCAUAUUAAAAGCAUGUCCUUAUACACAUUCCUUUCAAUGAAAGGAAAACAUAGAAUGAAUAGUAUGAAUAAACAUAGCUAGAAUCUGUCACUCUCUGGCGUCUUUAAAU